AUGGACCAAUUUGACUUACACCUAUCGCAGCUGCAAAAGGCGUAUCAAACGAACUUUAAAUCCACCAAGUUUGAAACUUGCUUGUUCCUCAUUGACAAGCUCAAGGACUUUACAGCCCAUUACAACCUGUCCAACCCAAAUGUGGACAAAGAAUCUUUGCUGAAAAUCAGAACAUUCUUAGAAACAGCUGCUUUAAUAUUCCUGGAGGCGAACGAUACUGAGAAUUUCAAGUCUCUGUACUCACAACUGCAGCCCUUCUACUUUGACCUGAACAACAUUCUCCCGAAGAGUGAGCACAUGACCACGAUUCUGAGUAUGUGGAUGCUGCACCUGCUGAGUGACAAUAAAAUCGGGGACCUGUACAUGCUUCUUGAGAAAAUUCCAAACGACGUCAAACAGGAUGACAAGAUCGCCUUUGUCAUCAACCUCGAGCGACUGAUGAUGGAAGGCAAUCUGCAUCAGCUGCUAGAGUUGGACACUCAGGACGGCACACCCCCUCAAGGUCGCACGGCUAGUCGCUGCCACGACAGGUGUGGCUCUGAGUACUAUAAGAUCAUUGCUAGCACUGCCAGGAACAAAAUCGCAUCUUCAAUAGAGCUGUGCUACAGGCACCUGAGUUUGGACUACGUGUCCAACUUGCUAAAGUUGAAGAACAGAAACGAAACUCUGGACUUCAUAUCGUACUACAAUCAGUACAAGUUGCAACAGGACCCUGAGUCUGUUCCCUGGAAAGUGGCUGACAACUAUGUGAUUUUUCAGAAUGAAGUUGGUGCAAAGCACAAGAUACCUUCUAGAGAGUUACUGUCUAACUCACUGGAGUAUUUACAUGACCUUGAAAAGAUCAUAUAA